AUGAAUCGUGGACUGAAGAUCAACCUAGAGAACAAGGUGAAAGACCUGGAAACAGAGGCAGAAAUCAUAAAAACCAGCCUGAAGAUGACUGCCAAACGAUUGCAACAGAGCGAGGGCUUUCUACAGCAGAAACUUGCUCAGGAGAAGAUGCUUCGUCAGGAGUCAGAAGAAAAACUGAACUCAGAACGUAAAGCUUCUGAACAGACUACAAAGAAAAUGAACACAGACCACGAGAACAGAGAGAGUUCAUACAAGAACCAGAUUGAGGAACUCACAAAAAUUUCUACUGACAUGAAAACACUGCUACACUCCACCAAAUUUGAAAAUGAGAUACUGAAGGAAUCCAGGAAGGCCUUCCAGGCAAUGACCGUGAAUUUGGCUAAGGAAAUCCUGAGGGUCAAGACAAUUGUAGAAGAGGAGCGUAGCGCGCACCACAAAGAGAUGAACGCCCUCAAGACCCAGCUAAAUAUGGUCACCAUUCAGGCGCAGGAAAAAGAGACCACUUUACAGAACAAACUCGCUCAGGAGAAGGCCCUCUACCAGGAGACAGAGGCCAAAUUAAAAGAAACUAAUUUGGAGUGGGAAGAGAAACAGGGAUCAGACAAGGCUCAGAUCAAGGAACUGUUAGAACGAUUGGCAAGCGCACAAAAAUUAGGAACAUCUACCAAAUCAGAAAAUGAAGAGCUGAAGGAGUCUUGCAAGGCCUUUCAGCAAAUGGUGAAAGAUUUGACCGAGGAGAUGCUUGGGCUGAAGGAGAACAACAUGCAGGAGCGUAGCAUCCAUCAGGAUGAGGUUCAGUCCCUCCAGAAGAAUAUUGAGAUGAUGACCAUCAAGAUGGAGGACAAGGAGACCGCUUUACUGCAGAAACUGGCUGAAGAAGAGGCCAGAACAGCCCAAGCCAAUGGGAAAUUUGUUGAAUAUAAAGAUGACUUAAUCAAAGUGACUAAAGAGCGCCAACAUUUUCGGAAGAAUGAGGUGAGCAAAUUUACCCAGAACUAA